UGGGUUCCUGCCAGCUCCGGUAGAAGCCGCUGGCUGCGCUCGCUCGUCCCUGGGUAGCUCUCCACCGCAUGCCGCCGCCUCCUCGUGCUACAACGCUACAACACACGCUGUCGGCGCAGCGAGCAGACGAGCGCAACUUGCGACGCGACGAGCCAUGGCUGAUAGUGGUGGGCCCGUAAUCGUCGUCGGUGCCGGAAUAAGCGGCUUGGCAGCGGCUCGGCAACUUCGCAAGGAAGGCGUCGAUGUGGUCGUGCUUGAGGCCAGGGAUCGCGUCGGUGGACGAACGUACACAGUGCAGGGCGAUCACUAUGGCUACCUAGACAUCGGCGGAGCGUAUAUCGGCGCCACCCAGCGUCACCUGUUACGCGUACUCAAGGAGUUGGGCCUGGAGAGGCAGCUUUACUGCGUGUACUACGAGGACUGGUCCAUUUUCACAAUCUUGGGCCGACGUUACGUGACCACCGGCGGAGAUUUUCCUUCCUUUUGGAACCCAAUUGUGAACAUGGAUGUGAACAACUUCUUUCGCAGUCUGGAUAAGAUGGGAGAAGAGAUUCCCGUCGACGCACCUUGGGACGCACCGCACGCCGAGGAAUGGGACAGGAUGUCAUUCCAAGACUUCGUCGAUCGUACCUGCUGGACAAGUGUGGCCAAAGCGAUGGCGAAGUUCUUUAUCGCCAUCAAUGUAACGUCGGAGUCGUACGAGGGGUCCCUUCUAUGGAUGCUGUGGUACGUCAAGCAGUGUGGGGGCGUCAAGAGGAUAAUCUCCAUCAAGAAUGGAGGACAGGAAAGAAAAAUGAAGGGUGGCAUGAUGCAGAUUAGCCUCAAGAUGGCGGAGUCUUUGGGAGACCGGGUGAAACUAAAUUCUCCAGUGGUCAGCAUAACGCAAAGUAACACGUCCGUCGUCGUCAAAACCCUGGACGGUAAAGAAUACAAGGGCAGUCACGUGAUCAUGGCCAUGGCUCCUCCUAUGCAAAUGCGCGUCCACUACUCGCCACCGCUGCCUCCGAUGCGCAACCAGCUGCUACAGCGAAUGCCCAUGGGAUCCGUGUGGAAGUGCCUCGUUUAUUACAAGGAGCCCUUCUGGAGAAAGAUCGGUUACUCCGGCUCCAUGUUGUUCACAUUGUCCGAAGACUGCCCCGUCGUGUACACAAUCGAUGACACAAAGCCGGACGGACAGUACCCAGCCAUCAUUGGGUUUCUGCCUGCCGGAAAGGCGAGGAGUCUGGUGAAUCUUUUGCCCGAGGAGCGGAAAGAUAUGAUCAUCAAGGCAUACGCGGCCGCCAUGAAGACUGAAGAGGCACUGCACCCCAUCCACUACGAGGAGUACAACUGGGCAGGAGAGCAGUACGCGGGAGGCUGCUACACUUGCAUGAUGCCGCCUGGAUUUCUCACCACUUUCAAGAAUCUGAUCCGGGAGCCCAUCGGACGGCUUCACUUCGCCGGCACCGAGACGGCGAGCCAGUGGUCGGGCUACAUCAACGGUGCCGUCCAGGCGGGCGAGAGGGCCGCCAAGGAGGUUCUUCACGCACAGGGCUUGAUCGGCGAGGAGCGCAUCUGGGAGCCCGAACCACCCGCCGACGACGUGAUUCCCGAGAUCCCGUUCACGGACACGUUCAUGGAGAAGCACUUGCCUUCCGUCGGCGACUUCCUGUCGCUCGUUUGCUUCCUGGUUCUGCCAAUAGGAACCGCUGUCGGCUGGGCGCUGCUCGGUCACCGCCUGCCGUACUUUGCGCAUUGACACUGUCUGCUGCCAAAUAAUGUGUUCAUCGCAUCCCUCCAUUUGUUCAAGAAGGCUCGAAGAAUAGUGACCGUCUUCUUGGCAGGCAGUUAACAAAAGCUCGAGCAACAAUGUAUUCAAUCAGCGGGAAAUUUUCAUUCAUUACAGGGACAAUCUGUGGGCGCAGGUCAGUGCGCACCGCCAUAAAUGUUUGAAUUACAUGCGUUUGUCUUGUUUCGCUUGUGUAAAGAAAUACCGACGCAAGCGCUGGCUAACAGUUGUGCUUAAUGGUGAAAAAGACACCUCUUUUAAAUGCCGAUGUCAAGCAUGGGAAAGGCAGGAGAAGGACGUGAAAAGAGCGGUUUAUACCAAGCCAACAAGGUAGAACGCAAGAACAGCCAUCGAAAGGUGCAGCACUACAAAUCGUGAUCUUUAGUCUAGCUUUCCGUACACGGAAACGCGAUAGCCGCAUCCAGAAGAUAAACGUAUGCUUCAAACAAAGAAAGAGAAUGCGUGCUGAAGCGAUUGUCACCUAACUUCUUAAAAUGGUAGGCUUCAUAUAAGCCGACGUGCUUAGAAGCCUGCCGCAUAUUUACAACUGCACGGAGGGGAUACAGCCAGCAUUCGUUAAAAAGAGUUUUCAAGGCGGUGCUCACUGUUUUGCGUGCUCAUGUAGCCAGUUGUGUUUACGUGAAAACCCCGCUGCGUCCAACCUCUCUCGGCGCUCUCAGAAAACGAAACUUCGCUGGGCGCCAUAAAAUCGUCUCCAAAUAAUUCAACAUCGCGCGCUCGAACGAACUAGGUCUCCUGCAGCGAUAAGUGGAUUGUUAGCUGCUUGUUUCGACAGAAAAACAAUGUUGCAAGAGAAAAACAAAAUGUAAAAUUUUUCUUGAUGCUGUG